AAAUACGAAUUUUUUUUCUUAUUUAAAUUUGAAAUACAGCCAAUGUCCGAAAAUGUCCACUGACACAAGUGGGGAAAUCCAUGGAACCACAUGGUACAGAGCUUGGACGGGCUACGCAGCGUCAAUAAAUGAACUUUUAGGUUUUCUCAAGCUCACACAUAAUUUUUAUGCUUUGCUUGUUUUUGCUGCAAUUUGUGCAGGAUGCGGGGUGAUGGUGGAGGGAGUGGAGGAAUUGAUGGUGUCGACGUCUGUAAUGGCCGCAUGCGCAUGAUAUGUAGUAGCCUAUUUUGGUUCUUGGUGGCUUUAUCCAUGUGAAUUUCAGUUGGCUAUGGCAGCGGCAGCAGCGCCAAUACCUCAACAUCAGGAACAAAGCAAUUUGCAGAGUGAGAAAACCAAGUGCAAGCGAAGGCGAAGACGUGAAGGGGCCGCGGGAGUCGAACAGCGGACGUCAGGUAGCAAGAGUAGUAGUAGAGACAAAGUGCGGAGGGCCCCGCAGGCGGUUACCACAGAGGGCGCGUGGUGCUGCGUGGCGAAACCCCUGGCCAGCCCGUCCCCUCCUCCUCCCCGGCGCUGCAACAGCAAGCCCAAGGAUCAAACAGUAGAAAAGCCCCCCGUAGACAUUAUUAAUAAGGAAAAUCAAAUCUUGGAAAAAGAGAGUGCUGAACUCGCCAAGGUGGAGAGGUCGAAUCCCACCCCGGGGGACAUUCUGAAGACGGGCGAGAUCUCGGCGCUCAUCAAGCAGGGCUUCAUUCCAGACAAACAGCCUCUGGGGAGCUCAAGCCCUAGUCCUAACAGAAACCCUAAUCCUAACGGCAGCGUCUCUCCUUUCCGAAUUCGUUUGUCGCCGGGCAGGGUUUCUCCUAUUAUGGACUCGGCUUCCGCUGCUUUGAGCUACGGAAAGUUCAACUCUGUUCUCAACGCAGGUCUGCUUAAUCCGUCCUCGUCUCCCCCCGUGGAAAAAAUCAGAUCCUCUCCCACGCUCUUCGAAAUGAUGGCUCAUGAACAAGAACUGCAGCCCAAGCAGCAGCUUGCCGCUAAUGGCAAUGUAAUCUUACAACACUCUCAGUCACUCAACGGGAAACAAACAUCCGCACUGCAAGACCGGCAGUUUUUCAUGCAAGAGAAGAUUUUGGCCAUUCUGGGAAGCUGCAGCCCAGGCAGCCAGUUCAAUGAUUCCGAGUCCAGUGAUGUCAAACUGACGCUGAGCUCCAAGGAUGGACUUUCUGUUACUUUGAACGUUCAUAGGCAGAUUCUAGUUGCUCAUAGCAGGUUUUUUGCCGCGAAGCUGUCGGACAGAUGGUCGAAACAGCAGCGGAGUUUGCCACAUUUAGUGGAGAUUUCGGACUGCGAUGAUGUGGAGAUAUACAUGGAGACUCUGCGUCUGAUGUAUUGUAAGGACUUGAAGCGCAAGCUCAUGAAGGAAAAUGUCUCCAAAAUUCUUGGCAUCUUGAAGGUUUCAGCUGCCAUUGUUUUUGAUGCGGGCAUGCUAUCUUGCCUAGAGUAUCUGGAAGCAGUGCCAUGGACUGAGGAAGAGGAGGACAGAGUUUCUUCAUUGUUGGCACAGCUUCAACUUGAGAGUAUUGGGGCAGGGGAAGUACUAAAGAGGAUUUCUACUGAAGAUUCAAAUGUGGGCGCAUCAGAGGAUAUCCUUGUUAAACUAUUACAACUUGUGCUCAAAGGUACAGAUGAGAAGGCAAGACGUGAGAUCAAGGCCUUGAUCUCAAAAAUGCUAAGAGAAAAUGCUUCUCUGAGUAGGGAUUCAUUUGAUGUUAGUAAAGACAGUCUAUACAGGGCUUGCAAUACAUGUUUAGAUUCUCUUGUUCAUCAUUUCAUGCAGGCCUCAAGUACUGAUUUCAUGGAGAGGGCAAGUGAGGACCGGGGCUUAAUUGUCAAUCAAAUAGCUCGUGAAGCUGAUAAUCUUCAUUGGAUACUUGACAUUUUGAUUGAUAGACAGAUUGCAGAUGAUUUUGUGCGAAUGUGGGCUAAUCAGGCCGAACUUGCAGCACUGCAUUCCAAAAUACCUACAAUGUAUCGGUACGAAGUAAGUCGUCUCACGGGGAGACUCUGCAUUGCAUUAGGAAAAGGCCAGGUUUUAGUUCCUAAGGAUAUUCGUUUCACACUAUUACAAGCCUGGCUGCAGCCACUGUUUAAUGAUUUUGGCUGGAUGCGGCGAGCAUGUAAAUCAUUGGACAGGAAAGUAGUGGAAGAUGGAAUCAGCCAAGCAAUUCUGACAUUACCACUUAGACAGCAACAGAGCAUAUUGCUCAGUUGGUUUGAUCGAUUUCUAAGCAGUGGUGACGAUUGCCCAAAUCUACAGAGAGCAUUUGAAGUCUGGUGGAGAAGAACAUAUGUCAGGCCUUAUGUAGAAGCCAAUCAAAAUCAGCUACAAGUAGCUUCGUACGAUCAGAUGUGAAGUUUCUGGUUGGGUAUUUGUCAAAUUAUCUAGCAAGUUUGUUGUAAUUUACGACUGACAUAUUCCAGAUUGGAAAAAGAGUUUUGUACAGUGAUAUUAAUUAUUAUUGAUCAAUGUCUAAGUGUUCUUCUGAAUA